AUGUUCAAUCUGCAAAACCGCAUCAACGGCAACGACGACGACCGUCACUACCUCGAGACGAGAAUUGCCGUGCGCGACAAGCUUCUCGCGCAAGGUAAAUUGGAUUUUUUCCAGAACAUUCUUUGUAUUCGCAUUUUCCAGAAAUGAAAGACCUAGAGUUGGGUCUCCGCCAGCAGAAGCUCUGGAAUCUGCACGUGCCGUCGACGUCCAAGCUGCACGAGCUGGAUUUGACGGUGACUCCGCAGGAGGGCAUCUACAAGGGCGGCGUGUUCAGGUUCAAGAUAACCGUGCCGCCCGAGUACAACAAUACGGUGAGGAAGCGAGAAAAACGCGAAAAUUCGAGUUAAAUGUGGAAUUGAUAAUUUUUCCACCAAAUUCGUCCAAACUCGAAAUAUCGAGUGAUUGUUGCAGCCGCCGAUCGUCAAGUGUCUCACGCGCGUCUGGCACCCGAACAUCAACGAGGACGGCUCGAUCUGUCUGUCGAUUCUGCGGCAGAACUCGCUCGACGCAUUCGGAUGGCGACCGACUCGCAACCUGCUCGAGGUCGUCCACGGACUCGUCGCCCUUUUCACCGAUCUUAUCGAUUUCGACGACGCGCUCAAUAUUCAGGUAGGGAAUUCGCUGAAAAUCUCUGUAAUUUUCAGACUCAGGUGUGAAAUAUUAAAAAUUUGCGGUUUCUACUUUAAAAUACCUCAAUUUUCAAUUUCAGGCCGCCCAAAUGUGGACUCAGAAUCGCGACGCCUUCAAACAUCGCGCCCGCGAGUACAUUGCGAGAUACUGCUGA